CUAAGAGUCUUCUGUAGGUUAUCACACAUACAACUAAAAAUGAAGUUCUGCUUUGGAUUACUUGACACCCUUGUUUCUGAGACCUCUACCUCCUGGAUUCGCUUGACCUUUCUUUGUUCAAUGCUGUGCAUGUGGACUAGUGUAGAGUGCUGGUCCUACUUCUACUCUAACACCACCAUGCCUUGGGAUGAAGCUAGAGCCUGGUGCCAGGAGCACCACACAGACAUGGUGGCUAUCCAGAACCAGGAGGAGAUCAAGUAUCUCAACACCUGGCUGCCCAAGAAAGUCGGUUACUACUGGAUUGGGAUUCGCAAGAUCAAUAACAUCUGGACCUGGGUAGGGACCAACAAGUCUCUGACAGCAGAAGCAACCAACUGGGCAACAGGCGAACCAAACAAUGGCAAAAACGGACUAACUAAGGGCGUGAGUGAGGAUUGUGUGGAGAUGUACAUUAAAAGGCUGGCGCAGUCAGGCAAAUGGAACGAUGAGAGGUGCUUCAAGCUGAAGACCGCUCUGUGCUACACAGCUGCCUGUAGGAACGACUCAUGCCACUUUGGAGACUGUGUAGAAACCAUCAACAGCCACAAGUGUGUCUGCUUUGAAGGUUUUAGCGGAGAGAAGUGUGAGAAAAUUGUUAAGUGUAACAAAGAGAAGGUGACCCCCCCUUACAAGGGAAGUGUAAACUGCACUCAUAAGUAUGAAGACUUCUCCUACGACUCCUUGUGCCAGUAUUCCUGCGAGGAAGGAUACCAGCUAAAUAGGAUAAAACCCCUGACAUGUACUGCCUCAGGAAAGUGGUCAGAGCAGCCUCCUGCAUGUGAAUUGGUUCGGUGUCAGGAGCUGACUCCUCCAACCAGAGGAUCCAUGAACUGCUCCGAUCCUCUGGGCCCCUCCAGCUACCAGUCCACCUGUGUGUUCACCUGUGAUGAAGGCUAUGUUCUCAAAGGUUCCCCGUCUAACACUCUGCAAUGUGAAGCAUCAAGAAAUUGGAAUUCGUCUCAGCCGGAUUGUGUUGCUGUUCAGUGCCCUGCUCUCCAGAAGCUAGGGAAUGGCAUUGUCAGCUGUGGAGAUGAUGCAGAUAUGAGUUUCAGCUACGGAAGCACCUGCAGCUUCAGCUGUGCCCCAGGCUACUACCUGGUGGGACCAAGCAGGGUGACAUGCACGUCAGCAGCUGAGUGGAGUGAGAAGAUGCCUCACUGUGAAGCCAUCACUUGCCAGAACCCAGAGGGAGAAGAUCACCUGAUCACCAGCUGCAGCCAACGUUUGAAUGACCUGCGGCCAGACUCCACCUGCAGCUUCAGCUGUGCCCCAGGCUUUGAACUGAAGGGAGUGCACACUAUUCUCUGUUCUAAGGACGGACAGUGGACCUCCACCCCACCAACCUGCACAGUGGUUCGGUGUCAGGACCUGACUCCUCCAACCAGAGGAUCCAUGAACUGCUCCGAUCCUCUGGGCCCCUCCAGCUACCAGUCCACCUGUGUGUUCACCUGUGAUGAAGGCUAUGUUCUCAAAGGUUCCCCGUCUAACACUCUGCAAUGUGGCUGCAGCCAACGUUUGAAUGACCUGCGGCCAGACUCCACCUGCAGCUUCAGCUGUGCCCCAGGCUACCAACUGAAGGGAGUGCACACUAUUCUCUGUUCUAAGGACGGACAGUGGACCUCCACCCCACCAACCUGCACAGCGAGAUGCCCGUUGCUUGAGGCUCCUGAAAACGGUCAUGUCAACUGCUCAAGCAAUGAGCCAGUGUACAACUCACAGUGCUCCUUCACAUGCAAUCAAGAUUACUCAAUUGAUGGACAUGACCUGCUGACCUGUGAUCGUCAUGGCAAUUGGACUGGAGAGAAACCCACCUGCCAAGCUCCCCCAUCUCCAGUCAUUGCCAUUGCUUCUAGCGUGGCAACAGGGGGCACUGUCUUAUCUGGUCUGUCUGUGGCUAUGUGGAUCCUGAAACGACUGAAGCAGAAAGCCACCAAGUUUGAGCUGAGCAGCAACUCUGACAUUGAGGUCCCUCCACAGGUCUACAAAAACAGCAUUGACAGCCUCAUAUAAAACACCAUCAUAUUCUUCCGAGGCAACGACGGGCAACUGUAUAUGUCUUUAACAUAACUGCAUGUGAAUUACCCUUCAUAGCAUAAACAAUAUUAAUAAUUUACAUUAAUAUACAACUUGGUAACAGAAAUAUAUCCAAAACCAGUAUGUCAGAGCUAUCAAUGGUGAAAGGAAAUGUGUUUUUUUAGACCUUUGCAUUUGAUGGUUGUAUUAUGUUUUGUUGAAUUUCAUGACUGGAUUUCAUGAUUUGUUCUGUAACGUUGCUCUGAUAUUUAUUUCCUCCCAAGGGGAGUUUUAUAUUGAACACAUUGUUCAACAGCUUACUGGACAUGCUGGAAAGGUGGCUCUAUUCAUGUUAUUCUAAAUGUUACAUAACAUUGUGAGUGGAUUGCGAAGUGAAGUCAUUUCAGAACUGUGAAGAAUUUCAAUGUAUGUAUUUCAGUAUUUAUGUACUAUUUAUUCAACAGGUGCUUAUUGCAUUGGCAAUGUUCAUUCAUAUUUCUGUAUGUUUAAAGCAGUGUUGAUUUUUAUUCACAAUAAAACUUCAAACCACCA